AUGACUAAGCUAAUCGUGUCUUUUCGGCCAAAAAGCAGCUCAAAUACUCACCAACACGAUAAGCAUCAUUUCUGCGCUCUUUAUGAAUUUACUGCAACCUCGCAAUUUUUUAUUGAUUUUCGUGUUUCAGGUCGAAAGUCAGAUCACCGAGGUUCAGAUCGAAACGACUUGACGAUUUGCAGAAAGAAAACAAUAGCGACGAGGUAUACAAAGUCUUUACAACAUCAAAAAAUUCGAGCAAGAAACCAGCGACGACGUACUUUGGAAGAAAAGGAUAAGUAUUUGGCCGCCAUGUGCGGCAACAUGCCGCAGCUUUUCGAAUCUGUACUCAUAAUCACGCUAGAGCCUGUAAGCAGCACUAGUGAUGAUUCAGAACGAAAGCCGAUGAUAACAUAUCGAUUUCCUGAAGACGAUGAUGCCGAAGAAGUUCCACCGGAGCUAUUUUUCCCUGAUUAUUCACGUGCUCAACGCAGAAAAUGCUACAAUGAAGAGUUUGUGUUGGCCUUGACGGACGUGAAAGGCGCCCGUAAAAACGCUUACUGCCUCAAAUUUCUGAACUCAUGCGAUGUUCACAAGAAGGGUUCAUACCCUGGUGUGUUAGUAGUGAUAUCUCCCAUUCGUAACGACAUAUUUUAUUUGGAUUUGGCUCGAACUAUUCAUAAAUACCUUGAACGUGGCAUCAUCCGAUUGACUUGUUUCUUGGAAGCGAUUGUGAGGCAUAGCUAUCCGCAAGUGAAAGGUGCAAGCCUAGUAGUGGUGGAGAAAUGUUCCGAUGUUACUGGACUUCCGGAUCGGGUCGAAAUCUUCAAUCAGGGAACAAUUCUUGGGCGAAAUGGUUGUGCUAAAAUCAUUGAACGGAUAUCUCCUGAAAUUACAACCUGCAUCAUAGCGUCGUUGCUCGGCGAGCAGAGGAUUUUAUUGGCGGACCGCACAGUCUGUGCCGUGUCGAAACUGGUUCAAUCUAUGGAGGCACUGAUUCAGCCGUUUUGUUGGCCUCAUGUUUUCAUACCUGCCGUACCGGAUAAUCUGAUCGAUUUAUGUCACAAUCCCACUCCUUAUCUCAUGGGUAUUCUGAGAAAUAAUCUUGUACCGAUACGCGAUCUCAUCACUGCCACUGCUGAUACUGAAAAUAUCGAACAGGUAGAUUUUGUGUUCAUUGACGCUGAUACUGGUCUCAUUUACCCACCACCUGAACCGUACGUGUCCGACACGAAUAUCGUCCAUUGGAAGGAACAAUGUGCGAUUCGGUUUUGCCAACGACUAGGAAUGCCUAAAAAAGUGAGUAUGGCUCUCAUAACUGGAUUUCGAGGAGCAUUAUUGAAUGGCACGGGACCGUCCGCAGAUCUACGGAUUGAGAAUAUAAUGCUUGUCUGGUAUGCAUCGCUCUUCGGGCAUUACAAAAGCAUCACCUGUCAAUGCGAUUGGGGUGGACCGCAAUUCAAACAACGUUUGGUUGAAAAUCAGCCGGAUAAGGGCAUACGACCAUAUUUGUCAUAUUUAACCGAGACGGUUAUGUUCCACGAAUGGAUAAUGAAAAGAUCCGAAACGACGUUCGCAGAACCGCAGGAUCCAUUACCUGGAACCGAGGACUAUUUGAACCGUCAAAUCGACAAACUCUACAAUGCGGGUGUCAAUUGCUUUACUACGAAACGAUUGGCGAAAUUGUUUACAAAAGUGACAGCAGCGCUCCGAGUGAAGAAAUAA